CUCGACCAGGAGAAGUGAAUUGUGAUCCAUUGUCAGAUGAUGCUGGUUCGCUUGAAGGGUGCGGUUCGAGUAUUGCAUUUCCUUAUUUUAUUUCUUUCUACGUAUUAUGCUCGUUUCUUAUAAUCAACUUAUUCGUCGCCGUUAUCAUGGAUAACUUUGAUUACCUUACACGUGAUUGGUCAAUAUUGGGACCUCAUCACUUAGAUGAAUUUGUAAGAUUAUGGAGUGAAUACGAUCCUGAUGCAAAGGGAAGAAUAAAGCAUUUAGAUGUGGUAACACUACUCAGGAAAAUUUCCCCACCACUAGGAUUUGGUAAAUUAUGUCCACAUCGUGUCGCGUGCAAAAGAUUGGUGUCUAUGAAUAUGCCAUUGAAUAGUGACGGGACAGUUCUUUUCAACGCAACAUUAUUUGCUGUUGUAAGAACAUCACUAAAAAUCAAAACUGAAGGAAAUAUUGAUGAUGCCAAUGCCGAAUUAAGAGCAACUAUAAAACAGAUAUGGAAGCGAACAGCUCCGAAACUAUUGGAUCAGGUUGUUCCACCACCCGGUGUCGACGAUGAAGUAACAGUGGGCAAAUUCUAUGCUACUUUUCUUAUACAAGAUUAUUUUAGAAGAUUUAAAAAACGGAAAGAAACCGAUAAUAGACAUGUUGAUUAUGAUAAUAGACGCACCACAUCGUUACAAGCUGGAUUGAGAACAUUACAUGAAGCUGGUCCUGAGCUUAAACGUGCUAUUUCUGGAAAUCUAGAGGAUAUAGGAGAUGACAAUCCAGAACCCAUGCAUAGGUAUUCCAACGUGUUAAACUGGAUGAAACAUUUUGUACAUUGAUAAAGCAAUGAAAUA